AUGGGGCCUGUGGUGAACGAUCUCUUUGGCAGCAACACUUUCGACAAGAGCAAGGUCACCAAGCUGCAGAAGAUCCGUGACGUCUUCUUCACAUCCAUUGCUCUUCCCGUGGGAAUGCUGGUGAGCAUCAUGUUCUGGGGCGUGUUUUUCGUGGACCGCGAGCUGGUGUUCCCGGCCAUCCUGGACGCGCACUACCCGGCGCUGCUGAACCACGGCGUGCACACCAUGCCGCUGCUGAUCGGCCUGCUGGAGGUGGCGCUGGAGCGGCACAACUACGCCUGCAACCGGCUCUCGCUCGGCCUGCUGAUGGGCUUCCUCGCCACCUACCUCGGAUGGACGCUGCAUUUGGCGCUGGUGGAGAAUCUCUGGGUGUACGGCAUCCUGCGCGUGCUGAGCUGGCCCAUGCGCGUGGCGUUUAUGGGUGUGAAUCUGCUCAUCGGAGUCUGUCUCUUCUUCCUCGGCAAGGGAUUCGAUAACUUCGUCUGGGGUAACGAGAAGGCGCUGGCGCAGGUCGACUCGACCAAAAAGCGGCGCUGA